AAUGAAAAUAAAAGAGAGAUAAAAAAGUCGUAAAGCUAACAAUCUUUAAUUAACCUAUUCCACACAGGAGCAGAUUCGUUUUGAGCCCUAAUUCCCCUUCUCCCUCGUCUCCAUCUUCAAUUCAAGAGUUUGGGGACACAACAGCAGAUUCAAGAAAAGGGUGAAGAGAAAACCCUAAAUUUUGCAACGAUGUCGUACGACGACGUGGAGAUUGAAGACAUGGAGUGGAACAAAGAGCUUCAGGCCUUCACCUACCCUUGCCCCUGCGGCGAUCUUUUCCAGAUCACAAAAGAGGACCUCCGACUCGGUGAGGAAAUCGCUCGCUGCCCGAGCUGCUCGCUGUACAUCACCGUCAUCUACAACAUGGAAGAUUUUCAGGAGAAAUCCAACAAAAGAGUCGAGCCUCCGAAGCCACAGCCCGUCGCCGUCGCUUGAAAUAUUCACAGGUCUUAUUAAAUUUUUGGUUAUACUCCCUGUAAGCUAUGUGCUUAUGGUGGAUGAGUUUGAUUUAUUAGAUUAGGUGUUCUGUAAUCUUGUGUACAAGUGUGGUGGUGGCUAAAUUUGUAGCAUUUGGGAGGAAAAAAGUAAUUGCGGAUCCAUUUUUUAUACUAUAUUUUGGUGGAAAUACCAGUUUUGAGAUACA